AUGUGGUUUGAAAUUCUUCUAGGAGUCAGUAUAAUGGGCAUGUGUUUUGUUUUCCUGGGAGUGGCCACUGUCUACAUCCAUAGGUUUGCUAAGGGGGGCAAGGAAAAAAGGGUUGCCCAUUUUCCCUAUAAGUGGAAUUUGAUGGAAAGACAUAUAUUUGGAGUUAAUCGUUAUUAUAAAUCAAAGGGUUUGGAGAACACGGAUUAA